AUGGGGCCCGGGGUCUUGAGAGUGAAAGUGGGAUUGGGAGUUGCAUCCUCCGCGUCCGAACCCGACUCCGAGCUCCAGCGCGUAGUAUCCGAACAUGAAGCCGAAGACGAAGACGACACACGAUUCCACCUAUCCUCAACAUUAGCACCUAAACCACCUACACCACCCUGUAAACGGUCAUCCAACUCCGAUAUUACCGCUCUGCCCCCUUCUCCGUCCUUUCCGCUCUCCUUGCGAAAACACCAACACCAACACCAACGCAGCGCACUGCGACGUCUCACCCUCGACUCCACCCCGCUCGCUCCCCUCCUCGUGCUGACAACCCUCAACGCCAAAAAGCGAUCGCGAUCGACCUGCGCUCGACCCUCCUGGACUGUGUCGGGGAGGGGUUGGAGGACCUGGAGCGGCGUGCUCACUGCCCGAAGAGAUCAAACGAGCUCGAGUAGGACGUCGAGCCAAACUCUCAACCUCACCCCCCUGCGCCUCUUGUGUCACCCAGCCGGAAUCGUCCCUGCAGAGUUUGCACCAGCUCUCCGCCUGCGGUCGUCUCAGCCUCCGUCUCCCUUUUCGUCUUCCCCUACGUCUUCCCCCGCACCUCUCAGCGCCUGGUCUACUUCACCGGCUCCUAUACCGACACCUUCUUCGUCUUCCACACCUUCUUCGUCUUCCACACCCUCUACCUCUCCCACAACCCCUCCACCCACCCCUUCCCACCUCCCCCUGGUCCACAAGUACUCGGCACCACGCUCGCCCUCCCGCAACUCCGCUCCCUCAAGCGCGUAG